AAAUUUUCGAGCCAGAUUUCUCUUGAAUAGGAAGACUGAACUCGCUUCCAGAAAUACCUAUGUUGAGCGAUUUUCGCUUUUUUGAUGAACCCAGAAGGGUGUCAAUACGAUCCAUUAUACGGCUACACGCAACCACAAGCAAGAAUAACGGCAGCGCCGGAUAUAACGACUUUAACACCUUUUGCACCUCAAGCAGCACCUCUUGGAGAAUAUUCAUCUGCACAUGCCCUUUCUACUUAUGACCCGUACAGAUAUCCCUCCUACUAUCCAUCUUAUGGUCCGACUGCUGGCUCAACAUCCUUCUAUGCCACAGAUUUAACACCGUUUUCAACAAAUCGGAACAAUGUAGACUUCCCGAAAUCAGUUCGACCUGAUUCUGGAAUUACGAAGGAUAUCAAGCAGGAACAAGAUGUUAAAGAGCAUGCAGUAGAACUAAUUUCGGCAGCAGGUGGUUCAACCAGCGAUAUCCCAGAACCGCAUGGGGAGUUAAUUCAGACAAAUGCGGAUGUUGCUAAUACUUCAACCGUUGUGCAGCAACAUGCUGAACCUACAUCAGUACCACGGCGGUUGGACAGGAGGAAAGCAGCAACAAUGCGCGAAAGGCGGCGAUUGCGUAAAGUAAAUGAGGCAUUUGAAGUGGUCAAACAAAGGACAUGUCCUAAUCCCAACCAAAGAUUACCAAAGGUUGAAAUUUUGAGAAGUGCAAUUGAAUAUAUCACAAAACUAGAAAAUAUGCUGCAAAGUCAAGGAAAAAUGACAAAAAUCAUGGCUGCAAAUCAAGGAAUUCACUUGCCAGAUAACGAUAGCCAAGAUUAUGUCUCUGUACAUAAUACAUCCAGCAAUGGUUCAGCCGCAGCUUACUACGAUAGCAAAAUGGGAACAUUUACGGAAGAGAAUGAAGAUUUCGGAAGUGUAAGCACCAGCGAAAGCUCUCAUGAAGCAAGGAAAACAUCGGGCAAGAAAAGCUCCUUAGAACGGCUAUCACGUAUCGUGGACAGUAUUACAGCUGAUGAAGAUGAAGGAGGGCUAGAAGGUUCGAGUAGUGAACCUUCUGCUGUCUGAUAAAUGAUGUUUCGGAAAUGCUCAAUGUUCGUUUAUCUCUUCUGUCACAUUUGAGAAAUAAUCAGGUUAUAGAGAAAUCAUUCAGCUUAAAGUAUUUGAAUGAUACAAUCUAGUGAUAAGUCUGUCGGUGUGUGUUUUAAAAUGAUUUGCAUCCAUCGAAACUAUAAAGC